UCCUCCCCCUUUCACUCUCUCUUUCCCUCUUUCCGCUACGCACCUCUCUGCAUUACUGCUCUCACUCCUUUAUCCUUCACUCUCUCUCUUUCUUGCCCUGUCUCUUCAGUCGGGUUCUGUUGCCCUUCCUGUUGUGCCGUCGCCUUCCAGCUCUGUCGCCGCCAUUCUCCGUGCUGUCCGACCCUGAGGCCAGACCGGCAAGCCUUCCUCUCGCACUCUAACUGAGAUCCGCUCUCCUCUGUUUUCCCUCUCAUCGCUUCGUUUUGCCGUAGCACAUCCCUCGGCUUCUCCCCCUCAUCUUGAAUGAUGGGUACAAUUGUCGUUGAGUCAUAAUGAUCGUGAAUGAUGGGUCCAAUUAUCAAUACACUCAAGGAUAUAUAUUCCCCUAGAUUAAGAUUACGGUGGACUAUAAUUUACAAUAAUUUAUUAAUAUUAUUAAUCACAUGGAAUCGUUGAUUGAACUGGAACAGCGGAUGGAGUGGUAGUUUACUCACCUUGCUUUGUCUUUUGCGCGCGGCUUCCUUGCUCGUGAGAUAGUCAUUCUCUUUGCAAGUUCAUCCUUGACUAUCAAAACCCAAUUUGCAGUUCUUUCUUUGGAGUGGACAUUUUGUUAGCACCCUCAAGGUGUUUGAUAUACGUUGCUGGUGAGUUUUAGCGUAUAGUUGGGACUGCUUUGGUUGCCUUGCUGUGUUUGGAAGAGAUUUGAGUUUGCUGUGAAUUGAAGAAGCUCUGUGAGUUUUAUUUGUGAUGGGGGGCAAAAGUUCGAAGAGCUCGGGUCGGAGAGGAGUGGCGUCAUAUGGAUCUGGUGGUUCUUCAACAUGGAAUCUGUAUGGGUAUACACAACCGUCAUACCCUCAGCAAAACCCCUAUUACAUGCGGCGGCAUCCCCGUGCUCCACUGCCCUCUACAUCUUUUAAUUAUGGCUCAGAGGUACACCAGCCACAGAGAACAUUGGAUAGAAGAUACUUGAAUAUUACAGAUAACUACCGGUCCUUGGACGAGGUGCUAGGUCAUUCAACCGGCGGAGCUUACCGCCUCAAUUCCUUGAGGCUAAUCACCACUGCGGCAAAACCAGGUAGUCUACGUCCUCCUUCUCUCCCAAAUUCUGUGCAUGCCCAUGCAUCAAGUUCCUCGUCAGGUCCUCCCAACCCACUGCUAUGCACUCACUCUGAUAUGUCUCGCAGUCUUGGUGCACGCCGCCUCAUAUACCGAGCUCGAAUCUCAUACUUUGUUAAAGCUGGUCUCAUUGACCAAGCCAUCCAGGUGUUUGACGAAAUGACCCAAUCAGAUUGCCGGAUAUUCAGCAUUGACUACAACCGGUUUGUCGGUGUAUUGGUCCGUGAAUCGCGCUUUGAGUUGGCUGAGCACUACUACCACAAAAUGAUCUCCCUGGGCUUUUCCCUCAAUCCAUUUACAUACUCAAGGUUCAUUUCUCGAUUGUGCAAAAUCAAGAACUUUAGCCUCAUUGAGCAGCUUCUAGAAGACAUGGAUAGGCUUGGUUAUGUACCCGACAUUUGGGCUCUUAAUAUAUAUUUGUAUCUUUUGUGUCAAGAGAGUAGAAUAGAAUUGGCUUUGGAAGUCUUUCGUAGAAUGAUCGAGAAAGGAAGAGAGGGUGAUGUUGCAACAUACACUAUACUAAUUCAUGGAUUGUGUAAAGCAAGGAAGUUUGAUGCUGCAGCUGAAAUGUGGCGUGAUAUGAUAAACAAGGGUUUAAGUCCAGAUAAUAAUGCCUGUACAGCACUUGUUAUUGGGUUAUGUGAUGGUGGGAAGGUUAAUUUAGCAUAUGAGCUUACAAUUGGUGUGAUGAAGGGUCGGGUCAACUUUAGUAAUUUGAUUUAUAAUGCAUUGAUUAAUGGGUUUUGUAGAGCAGGUAGGAUUGAUAAGGCACAAGCGAUCAAAUCAUUCAUGAGGACGAAUGGUUGCGAGCCAGAUUUGGUUACAUACAAUGUGCUAUUGAACUAUUGUUGUGAUGGGCUUAUGUUGGAGGAAGCGGAGAAGUUGAUGAGGAAGAUGGAGAGGACUGGGAUGAAACUGGAUGUGUACAGUUACAACCAAUUUAUAAAGGGUCUUUGCAAGGCAGACCUGCCAGAUAAGGCUUAUUUGUUCAUGGUGAAUAAGAUGGAGGCCAAAGGAUUGUGUGAUGUUGUGUCUUAUAAUACCAUCAUUAGAGCUUUUUGCAAGGCAUUUCGUACUAGAAGGGCCUACAAGCUUUUUGAGGAAAUGGGGCGGAAAGGGAUCACUCCAGAUGUGGUGACAUUCACGAUUCUUGUUAAAGGUUUUCUUAGAGAAGGUAGUUCUGAUAUAGCAAAAAAACUUCUUGAUCAGAUGGCAAGCAUGGGUCUAUUUCCUGAUCGUAUAUUUUAUACUACGAUUGUUGAUCACUUAUGUAAGAAUGGGAAGAUUGAGACAGCUCAUAGUGUUUUUUCUGACAUGCUGGAGAAGGGAAUUGCCCCCGAUGUGGUUUCAUACAAUGCCCUCAUAAAUGGGCUUUGCAAGGUUUCUAGAGUUAGUGAAGCUAUGCAUCUCUAUGAGGAAAUGCAGAUGAGUGGAUCCUAUCCUGAUGAAGUAACUUUCAAGUUAAUAAUUGGGGGGCUUAUACGAGAAAAGAAGCUUUCAUUGGCUUGUAGCAUAUGGGAUCAGAUGAUGGAGAAGGGCUUUACUCUUGAUGGAGCUGUGUCAGAGACUCUAAUCAAUGCUAUUCAUUCAAGAGAUGCCACAUGGACAUGAUAAAUGUGGAUAGAAGAAGAGUAGUUGACCAACCUUGCCUCUUGUUGCGUGCCGCUUCCUUGCUCGUGAGGUUACAUUGUGGUGACAGGGAAUCGUUUAAAAAAAAAAAACUGAAGUGCCCCAUCGCAAAAGCAUCUCUAUUCCAUCGAAGAUCUCUGGAUUUCUUUUUGAGGGAAGCGUCUUAUUUGUUUUCCGUCUCUUUUUUGUCGGAGGUGGUGAAGAAAAUCUCUGCGUUUGAGCUCUGGGUGAAGAAUUGUGGAGGCAUCUCUAUUCUGUCUGAAUAGCAAGCACAUCUCUUUUAUGUUGGCAGUGUUGAAGAAAUCUCUCUCUCUCUCUCUCUCUCUCUCUCACAGCGUUUCAUUUUUGUCGUGCGUAAAUAGUUUCUUUCCUUUCCCAUCAACAGCCGCUCAUACAAAUAUUCCCAAUCAUUUACCUGCUGUUUUUCAUGUCUGGGUAAUUUGUAAAUUCAAGCGAAAAUAUGGGCUAUCCCAAUUCGGUGCUCUUAUCUUCAAGCCAGGUUCAUGCCGAAGAUGCACCUGUAUGUGGUGGGAGGGGGCCUCAGGUGCCCUCAAGGUGUUUGAUAUGUGUUGCUGGCAAAUUUUAGUGUAUAGUAGGGAUGCCCGAGUAUUCCAUGCAUCACCAUCGAACUGACAUUCUUUGUGCUUUGGUUGCCUUGCUGUGUUUGGAAGAGAUUUGAGUUUGCUGCAAAUUGAAGGAGCUCUAGGAGUUUUAUUGGUGAUGGGGGGAAAAAGUUCGAAGGGCUCAGGUCGGAGAGGAGUUGCAUUAUAUGGGUCUGGUGGUUCUUCCACAUGGAACCAGUAUGGGUUUAGAGAACCUUCGUACUCUCAGAAAAACCCUUAUUACACGCCACGACAUCAUCAUGCUCCACCGCCCUCUUUUUUUAAGUGUGGGCCGCAACCAUCUUUUAAUUAUGGCUCAGAGGCACCCCAGUCGCAGAGAACAUUGGAUAGAAGAUACUCGAAGAUUGCAAAUAAAAACCGGUCCUCAGAUGAGCUGCAGAGAACAUUAGAUAGAUGAUACUCGAAGAUUGCAGAUAACUACCGAUCUUUGGAUGAGCUUUCGGAGUUACAGAGUUGUUGAAGCAACGCAUCUCUUUUAGAGUUUUGAACAGAUAUCAAGCUUGCAAGUUACUGCUGCUCUUGCACAUGCUGGCCUAGAAUCUUCUAAUUUAAUUGUUGGUAUUGAUUUCACAAAGAGCAAUGAGUGGACAGGUGCUAGGUCACUCAACCGAUGAAGCUUACAUCACAUCGGAAAUGGUCAAAAUCCCUAUCAACGAGCUAUAUUUGUCCUAUUUGUGGUGAACUUGUACAGGUUUGCCCUAUUUGCCUUACUCUAAUCAAAAGGACAUGGCCUUUGGUUGUGGGCAUCAGACUUGUUGUGACUGGAGAAGAUCUCGAAGUGUGCCCCAUUUGCCGGCUUGCAAUCGAGACUAGAAUAAGGCUCUAUUGAUUGGCUUUGCUUCACAUCUGUGAGAUUAUUACAGCUCGUGUUUGGUUCAGUGGAAGCUGCACAAUUUAUCAUAUGAUUUAUAGGCAGCAAUUUUGCUUUAGGGGCACCAAAGGUUAGCUGUCGAAGAGCAUUUAUCAAGUAUUACCUUUUUUUUUCCCCCCCAUUUAAAUAUGCAAAUGGUUUUGGAUGAGCUAUGCCAGAGAAUUGGAAGUUUUGGGAUGAGCUACUUUUUUAACACAUGAACAUAAGUUUGGGAUUGUAUGGCAAUAAGUGCUUUUCAUGGUUGUUGCUACUUUUAACAUCUCUGGCUUUUAGAGAGUGGUGAUUCCAUGUGUGGUCCAAACAGUCGGUGGUUGCUCUGUGAAAGUGAAGAUUUAUGACAAAACUCCUGUAUGGAUAUUCAGAGAUGUUGCGAAGUAAGUCUGCAUGACACAAUGUACGGAUGCAUGCCAUCUUAUUUUCUCA